AUGGCGGUUGGUAGUCCAGGAGAGAGGUCUUUGAAGGAGACACCCACAUGGGCAGUUGCCCUUGUUUGUGCUGUCUUCGUUAUAGUAUCUGUAAUUAUAGAAUAUGCUAUUCAUUCUCUUGGAAAGUGGUUCAACAAACGACACAAGAAGGCCUUGUUUGAAGCCCUUGAGAAAAUUAAAGCUGAGCUAAUGCUAUUGGGGUUUAUAUCUCUACUAUUGACGGUGGGGACACAAUAUAUUGUGAAAAUAUGCAUUCCUGCAAAUCUUGGACAUGUCAUGCUUCCAUGUAAGAUUGAAAAGAAGAAAGGUAAUGAUGGUGGUGGUGGUGAUGAUGAUAAUGAGAGGAGAAAAUUACUUUCUUAUGCUGAAGAUGACAUUCUGUGGCGAAGAGCUUUGGCAUCAGCUGCUAAAGAUGACUAUUGCGCCAAAAAUGGCAAAGUUUCAUUGAUUUCAUAUACAGGAGUGCAUCAGUUGCACAUAUUUAUAUUCGUCUUGGCUGUGUUUCAUGUUCUCUACAGCGUUAUCACCAUCGCAUUGGCAAGAGCUAAAAUGAAGAAAUGGAAGGCAUGGGAAUUGGAAACCUCUUCCUUCGAAUAUCAAUUUACAAAUGAUCCUACGAGAUUCAGAUUUACUCGUCAAACUUCUUUUGUGAAACGUCACUCUGGCAUUUCUAGAAUACCCGGAAUUAGAUGGAUUGUGGCAUUCUUCAGACAAUUCUUUGGUUCAGUAACAAAAGUGGACUACAUGACCAUGCGUCAUGGAUUUAUUAAUGCACAUUUAGCUCCAAAUAGUAAAUUUGACUUCCGAAAGUACAUAAAAAGAUCAAUGGAAGAUGACUUCAAAACAGUCGUGGGUAUUAGCAUACCUCUAUGGACAUUCGCCGUAAUCUUCUUGCUUCUAAAUGUCUACCAAUGGUACGUGCUCUCCUGGUUGACAGUUGUGCCGCUCACGAUUCUUCUAUUAGUAGGUACGAAGAUGGAACUUAUCAUAAUGGAGAUGGCUCAAGAAAUCCAAGACCGAAGUACAGUUGUAAAAGGAGCUCCAAUAGUAGAGCCAAGCAACAAGUAUUUCUGGUUUAAUCGCCCAGAUUGGAUCCUCCUCUUGAUACAUUUUACUUUAUUUCAGAACGCAUUUGAAAUGGCAAAUUUCUUGUGGACAUGGUACGAAUUUGGACUGACUUCAUGCUUCCACGAAAACUUACCAAUAAUUCUGGUCGCAAGAGUUUUCCUAGGGAUAGCCUUGCAAAUCCUAUGCAGUUACAUCACUUUCCCUCUUUACGCUUUAAUAACACAGAUGGGAUCUCACAUGAAGCAAGCAAUCUUUGAGGAGCAAACUGCGAGAGCUUUGAAGAAUUGGCAAAAGACUGCGAGGGCGAGAAAGAAACAGAGGAAAAUCUCGGUUGAUGCAUCUUCGUCGGGGUUUAUGAGUGGCGAAAACACGCCAAGCCAAGGUGCAUCGCCAUUGCAUUUGCUCCAUGCCCAGAAGCAUAGGUCCACUCAAUCCGACCUCGAAAGUGUUAUUAAUUCCCCGAGAUCAUACCAAUCCGACACCGAUCUCUCCGAUCUUGAUAGUUCCACACACGAUGGCCAUGUCACUAUUUUACAAUAUCAACCACCGGGCAACAAGGAAGAACCUCACAGCAUGGAUUUCUCCUUUGUUAAGCCUUGA